UGAGCCCACUCGGCUGCCACCCCCGGUACCUCCGGUGCGGGUUGUGUCCAGAGGCAAGCCCAUGCUGUCGGCGCCGCCCAGAGACAGUCGUUCGCCAUCCAGGUCCCGACGUCUUGGGCGCUCCAGAUCCCGACGCCGCUCGCAGUCCCGGCACCGCUCCCCUCAGCGAUACCGGUCGCACUCGCGGCAACGGUCGGCAUCGAGACGGUCGCGGUCAGGCUCCAGUCGGCGUCACCGGCACCGCGACUCCAGGAGCAGGUCCCGACGCUACUCGCCACACCGGUCGACCUCCCGGCACCGAGCUGGUGGCAGGUCCCGGCACCGAAGCGGCGCCCGGUACCGAAGCGGCGCCCGGCACCGUGACAGAUCCCGGUCCCGGUCCCGAUCCCGGCACCGAUAUGACUCCCCGGCACCGGUCCCCGGCACCGAGACGAUCCUCCGUGCCGGCACGCGCAGACCCGUACCAUCCAGGGUCGGCCCCGCCGUGGCCCUCGAGGCAGCCGUCCGUAUCCUCCCAGACGGACAGCGGCUAUGCGCUGGGCACCGACCGGCAGGCGGCGCUGUUUGCUGAUCCGCCGCUGCAGGACCAAGGCCCACAACAGUGGGGAUUCUGGACACCCUGGGCGUACCAUCAGGCCCAGGGCCCCCAGCAGCUCCCUGCUAGGCCGGCGACUGCGGAGCGUAGGGCCCCUGAAGCCUCUUUGUCUCGCCCCCCUCCCUCCCCGGAAGGGGACGAAGGGUCCAAACAGCAGGACUCCGCUGUGGCUCCGGAGACAGAGGCGAGGGCUGAGGAAGACCCUCAGUUGGACACUAUUGUGCCUGGGGUCUCAUCAUCCUCCUCCCCGGAUGAGGCGGUGGCGGGUACCUCCUCCAACAGUCCCCCCCCGCUGGAUCUCAGGGCGCACCAGGACCUCCUCAGGCGAUUGGCUCAAAACCUGAGUCUGCAAGCAGAGGAGGUCUCGGAGAUAGAGGACCCAAUUGUCACCAUCCUCUCUUCCGAUGCUCCCACCAGGGUCGCCCUGCCGUUCAUACGGACCAUCCAGGCCAAUGCCAAUACUAUCUGGCAGUCCCCGGCCUCCAUCCCUCCGACAGCGAAAGGAGUCGAGAGGAAGUACAUGGCCCCUUCUAAGGGGUACGAAUAUUUACAUGUUCACCCGACUCCCGGUUCACUGGUAGUGCAAUCGGUGAACGAUAGGGAGCGUCACGGCCAGGAGGCUCCGGCCCCCAAAUCCAGAGAAGCCAGGCGGAUGGACAUCCUUGGCCGUAAGGUGUAUUCGGCUGGGGCGCUGCAGCUCAGGGUCUCUAACCAGCAGGCCCUGCUGAGCAGAUACGCCUUUAACUCCUGGGUGGCAGUGGACAAAUUUAAGGAGCUGCUGCCACAGGAUGCUCGCCAAGAGUUUACGGCCAUCCUGGACGAAGGCAAGAAGGUCGCGCGCACGGCCUUACAAGCCUCCUUGGACGCUGCGGACUCGGCUGCCCGUACCCUCGCGUCAGGAGUUACGAUGCGUCGCAUCUCCUGGCUGCAGGUUUCCGGCCUUCCGCCAGAGCUCCAGCACACGAUACAGGACCUUCCUUUCGAAGGCCAGGGCCUGUUUUCCGAUAAGACAGACCCCAGACUUAAGAGUUUAAAGGACAACCGGGUCAUUGCGCGGUCCCUCGGGAUGCACACCCCCGUGACACAGCGUAGACCCUUUAGGCCGCAACAACAGCAGCACCGUCGGCCGUUUUCCCAGUUCCGCCAGCGGCAGGACCUUUACAGGCGCCGCGGCAGGAACGGGAGGCGCAGGCAGUCGGGGAACCAAGGGGGGCAGAACCAAGGCUCCUCAAAACCCCCGCCUGGUCCUAAGCCUUCAUUUUGAAGGUGCGCUCGAGGGCGCAGUAACAGUUUCCCCUAUGGA